CAUUUACCGCCAACCAGUCGCGGUGUCAAAGACGACCUCUCGCGAUAUUUGUGGUGGCCGAGCUCCUUGGAACAGAGCAGGAAACUUGACAUGUCAACAAAACAGACAAAUGCUCAGCACACAGGCAUGUAAGGUGUAUGCUGGUGUGGAAUAGCCUGACAGGUAACCUCACCUGGACCUAGACCUUCUCCUCCUCCACCACCAGCAUCUUCACCUGCUGUCUCCAUGACAACCCCUCCGCUUGUGUCGCCUUUUGGCGGGCAGCCUCCGGCACCACAGCAACAGCAGGCUCAGGCAGCACGGGAUGUCAACACGGCCUCGCUGUGUCGCAUCGGCCAGGAGACGGUCCAAGAUAUUGUCCUGAGGACCAUGGAGAUCUUCCAGCUCCUCAGGAACAUGCAGUUGCCUAAUGGAGUCACAUACCACCCUAACACCCACCAGGACAGGCUUGGCAAACUCCAGGAGCACCUCCGGAUGCUUUCUGUGCUGUUCCGCAAGCUGCGCCUCGUCUACGACAAGUGCAUUGAAAACUGCGCCGGGAUGGAUCCCAUACCUCCAGAGCAACUAAUACCCUUUGUGGAGGAUGACAGCUCAAAACACGAGGAUCGCACAGCUGCCCAGAGCCGCCCUGCCACCGAAGAGAGGAGAGAAAUCCUGGAGGUCAACAAGAGCUGUGAUCAGUAGACCAUACAGGAGGAAGAGAUUGUCCACUAGAAGCUCAAGCAGAAGAACCAGCAACUGAAGCAGAUUAUGGACCAACUUCGCAACCUCAUCUGGGAGAUCAACUCCAUGCUGGCUGUCAGGAGCUGAGCCACACACACACAUUUAUAUACAACACACACACACACACACACCAUAUUCUCACACAUUUACUAUAAGUAAUGGUGGCGAAGAUUCGGUUGUUAACUGGACGUGUGACAGGGUACCACAGACUGGCUGAGGCUGCACUUUACAGAAGAAAUUGGGACUUUGGCAAUAUCAACCCUGAAGAAGGAAAAACAAGAGGAGACAAAUGAAGGCGAAAGGGCUUGACACCACACGGACGGAGGGAGAGAGGGUGCUGGUGAUGUCAGUGUGGGUGAUGGCAGAAAAUAUUCUGUCUACCUCGAUAUUCUACAUUUCAAUCAGCAUUAAUCUGAAGAGUUGAUAUAUUAUGUUUUAUCUAUUUGUAGGUACUAGCUUAGAAGGUUUAUGCCUGUAGAGACACAUUGAUAUAUUCUAUUUAAUCCUCAAAUUCUGUUACAUGCCAAUUUCAUAGUAUUCGAAUUAUGUGAAGACCUAAAUUUGGAAGGUUUUAUAUGGCCCAUCAAAGUUUAAUAAGAAGGACAUACACUGUGGCAAAAGUCUGAGUCUUAUUCUCUUUUUUAUUUGAUGUACAGUAAUAUGUAAACACAUCAUUGCUCUGCUCUGAUGGGACUUCUUGACAUGUCAUUUUGAUGCCUCGUUAAGGAUUCUGCUGGAUUAUAAAUCUUGCUGUGAUUUUUCAAAAAAAAAAAAAAAAAAAAAAAAAAUCCACCGUGCUGACUUUUAUUUCUGUGUCUGUGUGUCCGGCCUGUGUUUAUCAGGCAUGUCAGAAUCACAACUAGGAAUCACACUCAAUCCACCAUAAUCUACCACUGAAAACACCCGUACAGUACUGAUGAGGAGAUUCAUGACACAGCUACAAAGUAGAAAUAGUACUGAUGUGUAGUUCUCUGUUAAAAUGUAAAAAAAUCACUGUUCUUUAGGUGAUGCCAAAACUAAUAAAGAUCAUAAACAUA